CGGAAGUGGUGCAGUGUCGUGUGGCGCUUGACGCUCGGUCGCUGUUGCUGCUGUCUUUGCAGAGGAAUGUCGCUGCUGUUGUAUUUCUGUCGGGAUGGAGGACUGACAGAUGUUUUGAAAAAAAGAUGUCGGGACUGCAGUUUCUUAUCUUAUUAAAUAACCAUGAUGCUCAAAACAACAUGGUAGUUCCCUCCACCUCUGACUGGCGAGCAAGAACAUCUGGUCAGAUUUAAGAGCAGCUUCAUUCAAUUCAGACUCAACAUUUAGUCAUUUGACAUCAUAUUUCUUUUCUUAGUAUGGACCCUUAACUUCCUCAGCCGUUAGGAUACACCGUUACAUUUUCCUUCAGUAGUUGUGCGACGAAUCGUCGGGGGGGGGAGUUCCACCGUACUACCGAGUAUUAGCGUACAAGCUAGCGAAGCCUCGGCAAGAUGUUUUCAGCGCUGAAGAAGCUGGUGGGAUCUGAGCCGGGGCAGCUCGGUCCAAAGAACAUCCCGGCUGGCCUGCAGUCCAUGAACCAAAGUUUGCAGAGACGCUUCGCCAAAGGGGUCCAGUAUAAUAUGAAAAUAGUCAUCCGGGGAGAUAGAAACACUGGAAAGAGUACUUUAUGGCACCGACUGCAGGGCAAGAAGUUUGUGGAGGAGUACAUACCCACUCAGGAGAUCCAAGCCACAAGUAUCCAUUGGAAUUACAAAACUACUGAUGAUGUGGUCAAAGUGGAGGUGUGGGACGUAGUAGACAAAGGCAAAGGCAAAAAGCGUGGAGACAAUUUGAAACUGGAGAAUGAGCCCCAAGAGUCAGAUGAGGUGGCCCUGGAUGCAGAGUUCCUGGAUGUUUACAAGAAUUGCAAUGGAGUCAUCAUGAUGUUUGACAUUACCAAGCAGUGGACAUUUAACUACAUCCUGAGGGAACUGCCCAAAGUACCCACUCAUGUGCCGGUGUGUGUGUUGGGAAACCACAGGGACAUGGGCGAGCACCGCGUCAUCCUGCCCGAUGACAUAAGAGACCUGAUCGCUGGACUCAACAGACCGAUGGGAUCAUCUUACAUCCACUACGCUGAGUCCUCUAUGAAGAACGGCUUCGGCUUGAAAUAUUUACACAGGUUUUUCAACAUCCCCUUCCUGCAGCUACAGAGAGAGACCCUCCUGAGGCAGCUGGAGACCAACCAGCUGGACAUGGACGCCACCCUGGAGGAACUCUGUGUGCAGCAGGAGACUGAAGAUCAGAACUAUGAGAUUUUCCUGGAGAACUUGGAGUCUCGCAGUAAGGGCUACGGCUCCCCCGGUCCAGCCAACGGUCAGAGUCCCUCUUCGGGCUCCCAGUCCCCCAUCGUUCCUCCUAGCGGGGCUUCCACAGGCAGCUCCAGCCCGAGCACCCCUCAGCCCCCCGUCCCCUCCCAGGUGCUCCCACAAUCACCAUCCGUGUCCGCUUCCUCCCCUCCACCCCCCACGGCUACAGUCAGCGUCGCAGCUUCACCUACUGUAGAGUCAAAGCCAUCGGCCCAGUCGCCCGAGCACCUCCAGUCCUCCGCCGCUCCUGGAGCAGCGGCCCCGCAGAAACGUGGAUUCAUAUCCCGCUGGUUUGGUGUAUCUGCUGCUGCUGACACUCCUGCUUGUGCACCAGAGGAGCCGCCUGCACCGGUGUGUCCCGCGAAGGUGCAGAGCGUGGACGACUUUGUGCCGGACGAGAGACUGGACAAGAGUUUCCUGGAAGACAGCCUGCCCUCGAAGACAAAGCUGCCUCAGCCAGCGCCGGCUGUGGACAGCGACAGCGACGGUGAAGGCAGAGGAAACCCCAUGGUGUCCGGUUUCCAGGAUGAGCUCGACCCAGACGACACCGAGCCCAACCUCCCCCAGCCCAAGACGCUGCCCCCCAGUAAAGAUAUCACUCUGACCAGUGACGAGGAGGAGGCAGUACCAGCAGCCCACACCAUCAUGCAGGACCAGGACCUGGACAGUGAACCUGAUCUGAAAGCGCCUGAGAUCCACAUCACAAAACCAAAGGUGGCAUCUAAAGCUCCAGAGUCCAGAGGCCAGACCGCCACGCCCAUCUCCCUCACCUUAACUCCAGCAGCAGAGCAGCCGGCCCGACACCAAGGCAAGAAGAAGGGAAGCACACCCAAGGCCGAGGACUCUGAUAGCGACCCCGAGGCCCCCGUCGCCCAGCAGAUGCUCUCCUUUGUCAUGGAUGACCCCGACUUUGAGUCUGAAGCAUCAGACACACCAAAAAUAACAAAGGACACGUUUCCUAUCAGGGAUGAGCUUCUGUCCGACCUCUCUGACGAUGACAUGCAGUCAGCCAAGGUGACAGAACCGCUGAAGCCUACUGUGAUCUCCUUCAAACACAAGGACGAUACCGACCUGUUCGGCCUCGGCUUCCAAGAAGAGGUUCCCGCAGCCAAAGACAGCAGCGAGGAGCAGGAAGAGAAAGACAGCAAACACUCCUCCAAAGAAAAGAAGAAAAAGAAGAAGAAAAGCAAAGAGGAGGACGAAAAGAGCAAGAAGAAAAACAAACACAAGAAAAAGGAAAAAGACGAGGCGGGGGCCGGGGACGAUAAAGAGAAAAAGAAAAAGAAAUCCCGGACCAAGAAAACGGAAGUGGACGAGCUGGAGGACUUUCUGGGCGGAGGAGCGGGAGCCGUCAAAAGAGAUGAUGGUGAUUACGAAGAACUAUAAAGCCUCCCAUUUUCUUAGGAAAAUGAGCCGCAGAACAGCAGCGUUAACGCGUUCCUAAAAAAAACCUCCUGGUUCCUUGACUUGCAUAAAGCAGCAUCUCCAAGCCAUACGCAAUACGCAAGGCUACCGACGACACCCAGGUAAAAUCAGCCAGGACUCUGGUUCCUGUAUGUUCCUUCUGAUUGAUUUCCCCCCCCAUCUGCACUACUGCUGUCACUUCCAUUCCAACCAAUAAGAAACGGCAAGGAGACCAACGUGUACUGUAGUGAGACGUGACUUCAAAUUCGAUGAUCGGUGUAGCUGCGAGGGAACGGCUCUUUGUACUAAUGUUAGCUUAAUAUUUUCUUUGAUUUAAUAACACUCUCCAAGUGAUCCAGCUGCUGUAAAUAGGGUUACCAUUUCGUCUGAAUGUUUGUGUGGUUGGUGUAAUAAUUGAGAGCAUGCUCAGUGACAACUGACUCCUUAGAGACUCCAUAGUAUUCCUUCUUUUCUUUCUUUCCUACUUAAAUAGUUAAUGGCAGAUCUUUUUCCAGGUUUAGUCUUGUGUCUGUAAUUAUGAAGACUGAAGAAGAAUUCAGAGAUUUUCGCCCGUCACCAACAAAGGAAACGACUCUUGACUACGUCCACAAUAAGUAACAGUACAUUCGAUGACAUGUUCUUGUCCUCCGUCCACACUAAGCUGCCACAAUCAAAUCACCUGUUUCCUGUUUGUUCAGUCAUCUCUCAACAUAGAUAGAAAAAUAUGUAAAUGAGAAGAAGUCAAUUAUAAGUCUGCAUGUUUUAAAACAGAGAGUAGGAGCAGUUCAACCGGCUGAGGAUCACUUCUGCUGUUUGCUGAAUGAAAAAGGACGAAGAGAAAAACACAAUAUUUGAUCUGACCUGACAGACGUGGGGCUUCCUUACUGAUAUUUGUCUACUAUUUUCUAUUUUGUGUACCAUGUGAAGACAACGAUGAAGACUAACAUAUCAGAAGAGCGCGCUUUCGCUUCCAUUCAAGUGAACCUGUAACUAUUUGACUAUCACCCACGAGCGAGACCGUCCUCACAAGAAAACAACGUAUAUAUUUACGUUCAGGUGACUGUGCCCUCUAGUGGCUGUAAUGAUGUAAUUACAGAGCGACAAAACAUCAGACUUUAACUGUUGUUCAUUUCCUGUUUCCAAUUGUGAGUCAACACUGCAAAAAUAUUGCGUGGACUCUUGUUUACAGUGUAAAAAAAACACUAAUGUGGACAAAAAUGAGCCAGCUUAGUGUGGACGUAGUCUUUUGUUAGCCCUUAAAGCCGCUUUGGCAGGGAUCAAUUCAUCAGUAAAUCAUUUCCCUGUUAGGACAACUUAAUGAUUAAAUGUCUUUCUUACUGGCCCUCCUUUCUCUGCUUCACCUGAGAGGCUACAUUCAAAUUCUCUUCAUGUUUUCUGCAAAUGCCUUAAUAGAGGUUACUACAAGGGAAUGAUGUGCCGCUAUCCUCAUGAACCAUUUGAAGUGUUCUUACUGUAAACUGGUAGGUAGCUCGGUUGGGGUUCAGAACGCUGCCCCAGCCGUUUAUUGGUGAAACAGAACCCAUAUCAUCUUUAUAAAGCCUGCUAUAAGUUUGCAGUGAAUCAGUACGUUUGUUUGUCUUUUUAGUUUUUGUUUGAUUUUCACUCAGACAGCAAAACACGUCAUUUUUAAGGAGUAUUAUGGAAUUAUGUGUCUGUAAGUGCAACACUUCCGAGGUUUUUUUUCAUUGUUUUAUCCUUGUUAUUUAUUGUUUCUAUUUUGCUUUGUGUGAUUUGUGCUGAAAACUGCCCUCAACAAACACAUCAUGCAGCUUUUUUUGUGGGUUAAAGUUGUUCACAAUUCUAAACUUUUUAUUUUUCCUGUAAAAACAUCCUCCGACAGUUUACUUUCCGCUGCUUUUAAGACGAUGUUUGUGGUUAAACCUUUCAUGUCUCGUCUCUUUUUGCCCAAUGCUCAUGAUAAGACAGAUAUGACGUGCAGCAUCUUCCAUAGAUUGCAUCACCAAAAGGUUUCGGAUAAAUAAUGUGUAUUUUUAGAACUACAGAUUUCGUACAGUUUCCAUCUUCCAUACACAUAAAGUUAUACUCAGUUGGUUUACAAAGAAAUGAUGUUUAAUAUUCCAAAGUUGAAACUAUGCAGCAUUGAUCCUGAAUACUGUAUGCUCUUCUUUUUUUUUUUUUGGUCUUUUGUCAUGUGAUUGAGGAUAAAUGCUGAAAGCACAGUUUCAAGUGAAGCAUGAGACUUAAAUGUACAGCAAGAAAAGAAUGUAUAAAGUAUAUAAAUAAAUAUAUAUAUUUGAAGAGCUUUAUUCCAAAAUGAUAUAUAUAUACACCAUCUGGGGGGGGAAAAGUCACUGAAUUCCUAUAAAAUGAUGACAGACAGGAAAGAUCCAAACGGGGGAUUAUUAUAACAUUCAUAACAUUACUGAGGACGGAUAUGCACUUUGAAAAUAUUGUCUUUCAGGUAUUUUUUCCCCAAAUGGUAUGACAUUUUGGAAUGAAUCCCUUCAUUUAUUUUUCACCCCAUGACAUAUUCCAUCUUUACACUAUGUGUGAGUUUGCCUAUGUUUGGUUUGUCCAAUAAAUGCAAACUUAUUUCUUCAUAA